AUGACCACUCAAUCAUAUAACUAUGCUGUAUAUAAACUACGCUUUACCCUCGCCCAACAAGACCCCGAUAUCAUCGGCACAAGGUACCACACUGUCAUUUUCGUCGAGACUAAUGCAAAUCGUUCGGGAACGAUGUAUCACGUUACUGGGGACAUUACAUCUGGCAUGAUAUAUCAGUCAAAGCUUUAUAAUGACCCAGAACUGUCCCUAUCCUUUCACUCCAAGGACUUCUUGGGAUAUACGACAAAAUCUCUUUCGGCUUGGGAAAAUCUCCUCCGAGGAGUCCCUCCUCCUGAGAAGCAGAAAGCCCCGGAGAGCAACGUCGACCCCUUAUUAAGUGCACCGAAUGGACCGAGCAGCGCGCUAUACCGGCUCUUCGACAGGCCGGGUUCAUUGUUCCAGCAUCAACGGGUUCUAGCUCUUCGGCAUCUACUUCUCAGCACACUAGUUACGGUGGUUCUUCGUCACACAUUACGCAAACGUCCUACAGUCAAGGGACAGGCGGCACUGGAUACUACUGGGUCUGGGACAAUAAUUAUCGUCAGUAUAGACGUUGGGACCACAGGACUAGACAGUGGGUCUGGAAAUCCUAGUCCAUAA